CAUCUUUUGAUCCUUUCCCACUAUAAAAUAAUAGCGUUUACAUGCAGGUUUUCAAUUCACAACAACGUUUCCUCCUGUAACUUCAAAAUUACACACGGACCCUUUUAAAGUGAAAUUCCCAGGAACGAUUUUAUAUUUCAACUUUCUUCCCGGAUUCAUUUACAGUCGGACCAAAACAUCCGGAUGCAGUCAAGCUGCUGUGGUUCAUAAUAAUAUAUUUAUGAGACGGUGCAGAAAUUAAUAAGGGGGUAUUUGUGGCAACAGAUGCUUCAGCAUUUUACACUUAAGGUUAACCAUUUAAAUCAUGGAACACAAUGAGGAUUGUAGAGCAAAAUUCUAUUGCUGUUCCUGUUUGUACACGGACAAUAUUUUUCUGGAGGAAUACAAAAUCCAUGUUAGAUACAUUUCUGAGCAGCAGUUCACAAACGACUACCAAAUGGUCUUAAGAAAUAUUGGAUGUGUUACAAACGAACAAUUCAGAAAUGUCACAGAGAAGAUUGAAAAAGAGAUUCAGAGAAGACGGCUACUUGGCCAAACGUCAACAGAAAGAACAGCUUUUAUAAGUGAAUUUUAUAAACCCUUACACAGCCAUGUUUAUGUUUUACAGGAAUCAUACCUGGCCCCUGAAUUUCUAGAAAUUGUAAAUUUUUCUCGGUCAGAAGAUGCUAAUGUAGAAGGAUUGCUGAAUCUCAUUGAGUCACUUGCCGCUGAAAGAACCUACCGUUUCCCGGUGUUUACAAAGGAAUUCUGCAGAAACCUGAUAGAAGAACUGGAGAAUUUCGAACAGUCGGAUGCACCCAAAGGCAGACCCAACACCAUGAAUAACUAUGGGAUUUUACUGAACGAGCUUGGAUUUGACAACCGAUUCAUCACUCCUCUUAGGGAGAACUACCUCCAGCCUAUUGCAAUGCUGCUGUACCCGGAUUGUGGAGGGGACUCCCUGGACAGCCACAAAGCAUUUGUGGUGAAGUAUGCUUUGCAGCAGGAUCUGGACCUGAGUUACCACUACGAUAACGCCGAAAUCACUCUUAAUGUAUCGCUGGGGAAAGCAUUCACAGAGGGAAACUUGUAUUUUGGAGACAUGAGACAGGUUCCUAUAAGCGACUCUGAAUGUGCGGAGAUUGAACACAAGGUGACGUGCGGCUUGCUUCAUCGAGGACAGCAAUUCCACGGAGCUCUUCCUAUCACAUCAGGACAGCGCUGGAACCUGAUCAUAUGGAUGCGAUCCUCCAGCGUGCGCAACAAGCUGUGCCCCAUGUGUAACAAGACACCACAAUUGGUGGAGGCAGUGGGAUUUGCAGAUGGAUUCACAAAAGACACCUUAGUGCAGAAUACUGAACAGAGAACAUGUUCUAUCAGUUAGAACAUUGAGGACUCAUUCAUCCUGACCGAUGUAUAGCGAUAAGAGAUGAUUUAUCAUUUGGGAUGUGCCUGUGUUAAUGAAUGUAUACACACUUUGUCAUGUGGAGUUUGCAUUGUGUUCUUUUAAAUUUAAAUAUAUAUAUAUAUAUAUAUAUAUAUAUAUAUAUGUAUUAAAAUGUUACACUGUAUCUGUCUGUUAAUUUGAAGCAGGGGUGAUGAAUGCAGUGUGCCAGUUUUAAGAUAAACCCACUUAUUAACUAGGGUUAUAAGAGCUUUGUCUCGAGUUUUUAGAAGUUUCAUUUUAAAUAUAAAUGUAGCAGAGACAUAUCUCAGAUUACAGUUCCACUCAUGUCCAACAUUGUGUAAAACCAUUAAACCUUAACCCUCCUUAAAUGAUGAAAGCUAAGGUCUGCCCCCCACAUGUUUACUAGUCUCUUAAACACUCCAAACUUGUAUAGAGGGAUAACGCCACUUAAAACUGCAGACCAUGCUAGUAUAUCCAUAACUUUAUAACAAUAUUAAAUAAAAUACUAAAAGAUACUCGCCAAGUUCUCUUAAGAAUGUUGCUAUCUUCUUCAGUAGUAAAGAUCAUUUAUGUUCAUUUGUAUUCAUGAGACACAAACUAUUGCAUUGUUUUUUUUGUAGAAUAGUUUUCUAUAAGGUUUUGUAACCUAUAUAUUCUUAUAACGGCUUAUAAAAUAGCUUUUUUUUUGCCAUUUGGUACUUUUCUCGCUAAAGACUGCAGUCAUAAUUAAAAUCUAUCCAUAAGGUUAGUGCUGAAAUAAUAUACAUUUUGUCACUCUACCCUCAACCCAUUCUAGAUAUGUGCAGGGGCUUGAGGUUGAAUCGUACUGUUUAGGAAUUAUCAUUUGGUUCAGGGGAAAUGUUUUAAUAUAUUUUUCAAAAGCAUUAUAU